CUUUCUUGAGACUCUCUCAAUUGUCGAUUCAUCAAAAAAAAAAUGUCAGACGCCAAACGAACAGUCCUCAUUACUGGUUGCUCAGACGGCGGCCUAGGCGCAGCCCUGGCAAUCGCUUUCCACGAAGCUGGCUUGCAUGUUUAUGCUACAGCUCGAAAUCCGUCUAAGAUGGAGCAGCUCGCUUCUCUCGGUAUCGAGACUUUGACACUAGACGUUCUAUUAGACUCUUCCAUCGCUGCUUGUGUUAGCAAAGUGUCACAUCUGGACAUCCUGGUCAACAAUGCUGGUGGAACCUACGGCACUCCUGUAUCCGAUCUGUCUAUCCCCGAAGCCAAAAAGCUAUUUGAUCUAAAUGUAUGGGCUUAUAUUGCUGUCACGCAAGCUUUUUUCCCGUUACUUCUCGAAUCCGAGGGGAUUAUCGUCAAUCACACUUCAGCGGCGUCUGUUAUUGCGGUACCUUUCCAGUCCGUAUAUCACGCUUCGAAAGCUGCAAUGUCAAUGUUCUCUGACACCCAACGGCUGGAAUUGGAACCUUUCGGUGUCAGAGUCGUCGAUUUAAAGAGUGGAUAUGUGAAAUCCAAUCUUAACUUUCAUAACGAGGGGUUUCAAGGUUUGCCAAAAGGUUCAAUCUACGAGCCUGCGAAAGAAACGGUGGAAAGUUCAAUGCGUGGCGAUGGGCUUGUGGAUUUGGGUAUACCGGCGCAGGAGUGGGCGAAGCAAGUGGUUCAGGAUUUGUUGAAAAGGAAACCGCCGGCGAAUAUUUGGAGAGGGGCUUCAGCGUUUCUAGUUUGGGUAGGGACGUUCUUACCAUAUGGAAUGCUAGAUUCGACAGCAAAGAAGUCCUCUGGGUUCGACAUUGUGGAACAAAAGGUGCGGAAACAAUGAUAGUUAUUCAGUCACUGAAUCAGCUCAAGUGAGAACGGGUUCUGAAAGUUGGUUUCGACGUUGUUUGAGAUACAGUACUUACGGCAGAACAGAAUUUGUGGGAUGAAACACAAAUCUAAUGGAGUGAAUUGAUCGCUAUAAUCAUUCAAUGGAGGAAAUGGAGGAGAGUUUGAAGAGAUGG